AUGGCACCUAAAGAACAGCCAGCGGACAAAGCCCUUAAAGACUUCAUCUCUGUCGAUCCGGCCUCGAAAUACACCUUCGAUAGUGAGCGGGACGCACCGACGUCCGAAAUCUGCAGGGAAAAGGACCAGGAGUGCGUAAAGCUUCAAAUGCACUCCAAGAAGAUGUUUGAGUCCAUGCAGCAACAAACGAGGUGUUAUCUCAUUGACAUUCUUCUAUGUCACGGUCAUCCCAUAACUGGUGACGAUCAGUCUCCGUCCAAGACAGUUAAACAGCAGAUCAUUUACAUGUCUGCUGUAAGUCAAGUCACGGACUCUCCAGCACUGCCAAAGUAUUUUAUCGUCCCCAUAAUCGACGAUAACAACCGCAACUUCAUCUGGAUAUUGAAAAUGGGCGAGAUGAAUGCUAUGCAACUGCAUUUUGUCGAAGUCAUGUGCGAAUCGCUGCUACAUGGCAUGUUCGCGGUUCUUGUCGUCGUUGUCAUAUGGUUGUUGAGAACCCACCAUUCAAUGCCGGUGAUCCAUAAAGUGAUGUUUAUCGCUGGCAUUGUGAUGUUUGUGCUCUCGAGCUGUCAUUUGGGGCUUGUGAUACAACAAGUUACUGUCCCCGAUGUACCUCUGAAGAACGCACAAGCGCAAGUGUCCAUCGCGACGAUACAAUUCUUGAUUGGAGACGCAGUCCUCAUAUGGCGAGUUUGGGCUGUGUGGAAUAGAAAUUGGUGGAUGACGGUUGUGCCCAUCCUUCUCGCGUUGGCUUCUGCUGCUGUGCGCUUCACUGUGGUCGCAGACAUAGAAAAUGUUUUAUUGUUCUCUUCGGAUAUAGCUUCAGCCUUGAUCACUGUGAACGUUGGUCUUUGUACCCUCUUGAUUGCUGGGAGGAUAUGGUUUGCCACCCCUCGUAACGACCGAAGUAAUAAGAACUUAUUGGAAAUGAUGCACAGGUAUCUGCAACGUAGGAUCGGAAAAGUGAUAACCGAAUCGCCAUCGCACAAAACGUAUACCGGGAUCGUCAUGCUCCUCAUCGAAUCUGGGACACUGUACUUCCUUUCUCAGUUCAUCAGCCUCAUCCUCGACUCUAUCCAUAAUCCAGGUGUACAUACGGUUCUCGACAUGCAAAUCCCUCUCAUUGGCAUUUUGCCGACUUUGAUCGUCCUUCUUGUCCAUCUCGAUAUGGUGCCGGGCACGCGGGCUCAAGCAACGUACCUCAGUACCGUACAAAGCGAGUUCAAGGCCUCUGCAAGGCGCACAAAUGGUUCCACGACGAUCGGGGAAGGCUCGCGAUCGACAUUGCCCGGAGUAGAUAUGGAGAUGGGUCAGAGCUCGUUCAGCGGAGAAUGGAAAGUCGCUAGUCGCUCGCAAACGAGCGUCUGA